AUGAGUGCGCGGGCUGUAUUGGUUUUAUUUUUUUAUUUACAAAACGUGUUGGCACAAGGAACUGGUUCGGGGACCGAUGGCAAUCUUCGUCUCUGCGUGAUUGAGGGUCGAGGGACGUACAAACGCGCUGCUAUGUACUGUCCCGUCUUGGAUAGCGAGAAAUCUGGAGUUGAAUGUGUGCUGGGCACCGACAGGUUGGAUUGUCUCCGGCGCAUCAGCAAAGGUACUGUGGAUUUCGGUGUGUUCAGUCCUGAGGAUCUUAUCGCUGCUCAGUGGGCUAAUAUUGAUGUCCUGGUCACCAACGAACUGAGGCUUAGAGACCGUCCGUUCGCAAGAAACAUUGUCGCCGUGGUCAACAAACGGAUUCUCCCCGAAGGCUCCACAACCCUGCAUGCUGUUUUGCAGAACAGCACGUUAUGUCAUCCAGGAGAGAGUAUGGAUGAACUCAGGCCGCUCAGUGAGACUCUAUCUGGGUACUUGGAGACUCUAGUUCUGGAAAGAUCCUGUGACCCGACUCUCUCCAACACGGAGAAUAAAUUGAAAUCGUUAGCUGGCUUCUACGGUAAAGCAUGUAAAGCAGGACCCUGGGUCCCAGACAAGGAAAGAGACGCGGAGCUGAAGCGCGCAUUCCCUUCACUCUGUGCUGCUUGCAAAUUCAGGGCAUGCUCAAAGGCCGAUCCGUAUUAUGGAGACACUGGUGCCUUGAACUGCCUCCUGGAAGGUGCUGGCGAUGUGACCUGGGGAGAGGCUGCUGAUGUCGCUACUUAUUUAAAGGGUCACCAGAACUUCGUGUAUCUUUGUCGUGAUGGCACCUGGAAAGGGAUGGAUGAGGAACCCUGCGUUUGGCUCAAAAGACCAUGGAACGUAAUUGUGGCGAAAAGAAAAGCUUCAGAAGCUGUGAGCCAGCUUACAAAGUCAUUAACCAACAGCACAUUUACCGUUGAUGUGCAUUGGCGAGGGGCCUUACUUGCCUUGCUGGAGAGCAGCCGAGGACUUUCAGAGCCCCUCCAACCGACCACAACUGCGUUUGAUUAUCUGGCAAAAGCAGAAGGCUUUAGAGAAGCGUACAGUCAAACUGGAUGCGAUCCCCCAAGACAUAUCAAUUUCUGCACCACGUCAAUUCUAGAGAGAUAUAAAUGCGAGUGGCUGAGUGAGGGCGGUGCCGUCUAUGGUAUAGUACCAUCGCUGCAGUGUGUUCUGAAGAACAACACCGAGGAGUGCCUGCGUUCGGUAGCGUAUGGAGAGAGUGAUGCCGCAGUUGGUGAUAGUGAUCACCUCAUCACUGCUCCUAGCCUGUCCCUACAACCCCUUCUCCACGAGAUCACACAAAUCGUUCAGAAAACCAACACAGUAUUAGCUUACGUCAAAAAGGAUGCAAAAAUUACCAAAAUGUCAGAUUUACGGGGAAAACGCGCUGCGUUCCCGCGCUACGACGGCGCGUCGUGGCAUUCCGUUCUACGGUAUAUAACCAAACAUGAGAAAAUAUCAUGCAAAGACUAUGUAGAUAAUUAUUUCAAGGAAAUAUGCGCUCCUGGAUUGGAAGGAAAGAAUUGUUAUGAAGCUGGUGAAAGGGAGGCGUUGAAAUCUCUCAUUGAAAAUAAAAGUGACGUCGCUUUUGUCAGUAUGAAUACUUAUCAUGCUUACGAAGAGUCAAAAAGCAUGAAAAACAUCGUUCCUGUAUGCCCUGAAGACAACAAACAAUUUUGUUUCAUAAGUUGGUCAAACCUAGGCCACAUAUUUACCGCCAAAAAUCUAACAGAUGUCAGGAAACAUGAAAUAGUUAAUGUGUUUAUGAAGCUUGAUCAAAUAUUCGGCAAAAAUCCUCCUUUUCAUAGUCCGAUGUUUUCAAUGUACGGAAAUCAUCUCAAAAUGAGUGCAGCUGAUCUGAAAAACUUCUUAAAUGCCCUGGACACUGUGAAGAAGGACUUUAUCUGUGGUGUAUGUGAGAAAACUUGUAAAGAACCAGUUGUUCUAAAAAAAUGUUUUCAUUGGAUAUGUGCGGAACAUAAAAAUUUAAAACAAUGCCCGAACUGCCAUAUACCAUUAGACGAUGCUGAAACUUUUGUAGACGAUAAAAUUGCGCGUUGCAUAGAGUCUACAACAGAGUUAGAUCUAAUAUUCGAAAAGUUGCGGCCGAAAGAGUUAAUCAAAGCGUCAACAAAAAGCACUAAAAAAACUGACGAAGUUACAAAUAAACGUGCUAAACCUAUCGAAAAACCCAUUAAAAAUAGCGGUAAAAAGCCUUUAAGUGAUAAAACUAACUCACGGCCAGAACUUAGCGAGACUCUUAACUCAAAUGUGAGUUCUAUAGUUAAAAGCAAUGAAAAACGUAACACCAAAGGAGAAACUGCACUUCAUCUCGCUUGCCGGCUCGGUAAAAUUGAUCAAAUCAAAGAGUUACUGGCAGCAGGUGCUAAUACAAACACCAAGGACAAUGCUGGGUGGACGCCACUUCAUGAAGUAGUACAAAACGGUCAAUUAGAUCUAGUACAAUUACUUUUACAAUAUAACACACUCAUAAACGUACCUGGCCAAGGUAAUGAAACACCAUUGCAUGAAGCUGUCCGUUAUAAACAUGUAGAAAUAGCUGAAGUAUUAGUAAAACAUGGUGCCGAUAUUAAUAUAAGGAAUUGUAAAGGGGAGACACCAUACCAGCUUGCAUCAAGUGAAAUGAAGAAUAUAUUACUUGCAGCAGCCGAGAAUGUGUUACAAACACAAGGUGUUAACGUUUCAAGCUUAGCGGCUUUGUAUGAAGGCCUAGCAUUUGAUGAUAUCCACAUUUACUGUGUGUCACAGUACCGUACCGUACAUAACAAGGUGAAAACUAUUGCCAAACAUCACAAUAAUGUAUUUAUUGAAGCAAAGCUUACUAAAAAAGUAACGCACAUGGUUGUCGAUUCUGAUAAAGAUGUUUGCGAAUCAUCUUUAGACGUGUUACAAGGAAUUGUUACAAGCAUUUGGAUUAUAUCAUCAGAAUGGAUAACAAACUCCACGGAAGAUAAAUUAGAACCGUUCAAUGCAUAUGAAAUUACAGGUGUCGGAGCAAAAUUUAACAAAGGACCAAAAAAUUCACGAUAUAACAAAUACAAGCAGUUACCAGGCAUCUUCAACGGAUGCCACUUUUACUUACACAACUUUAACACAAAGUAUGAAGUCUCAAAAUCAUUGGUCCUUAACAAAACCAUUUUGACAAAACUAAUAACCGAUGCAGGUGGGAUUGUCUUACGGAGAGUACCUAACCCAGAAUUAAUACCAGAGAGUGAGAAACUGGUGCCAUAUCAUGCAAAAAAGGAUAGUAAGCUAUACAACUGCUCGCACUAUAUUAUUUUCAAAGAUAUGUAUGAACCAAUGUAUAACAUGCAGCAUUUAAAAGCGUUGCCUAUUGGUUGGUUGAUAGAAUGUAUUGAAAAGUAUGAACUUUGUGAGCCUUGGUGA